AUGGUGCUCUCAUGCUGUCAGCGUUGCCAAGCACAUGGAAUAACUACUGUCAACAUUAUGGAAAGUAACACGGAUCACCCCGACAAAAAGCAAGAUCAUAUUGCAGUAAGAAGUUCUGUGGAGGAGAGUGACUUCAGUUUUCCACUGUUUGGCUAUGAAGGACAGCGGCAGUUUAUGGGGGAGUAUGGCUUUCUAGCUGUUGUUAAGUCUCCCGCUGUUGUUUUUAUUGUUCCCAAAGAAGACACAAGUAAAGUGUCGUUAAGACUUUUAUCUUCUGUGUUCAGCUGUUGGCCAGUACUACUCCUCAACUUUUCUAUUGUUUUGCUGUCUGGGAUAAUUAUUUGGAAUUUGGUAAGUAUGUGGAUCAGUAAGAUUCUGGAAACCUACCGACCCCUCCCUCCUGGUGCAACAUUUUGCCUCAAGCAAGACGUUAGUUUAUAUGUUGGUUUAAGGAUUGGUUAGGGGAAGGCAGUUUCCCAAAAUCCUGUACUGAUCAUGUCUUUAUGACCUGUGUGAUAGCCUGUGUGCGAAGUAGCACCCUCAUUGAGGACCUCUACACAAGGGUUUCUAGCUCUUAAAUAACUAAAAAAAAUAGUGAACAACUUUUUUAAAUACAGUGGAAGCCGAACGGACACUCUCGUAAGGGGACAGCUUUACUUACGGCUGCCUUCACAAAACGCCAUUUUUCUCAACUCCCGUACAAACUCUGUAUUUUUACAUUUCCGUAAAAGGCCAACUCCAGUUACAGACAUCUUUUUCGCGUCCCGAGAGUGUCUGCUCACGAGAGCUUCCACUGCAUGUGCAAAAAUCAAAACAUAAAAAUUUUGACAUUUAAGCUGCUUAAACUGAACUUAAGAUGUUCGCGAUUACAGAUGAUUGAAUGAAAUUGGAGUGCAACUUAAGCGUAGAAAUUCUUGCAUCUUUUAAACAUUGUCUUAUUUUGACGUCUCCGUGGACAAAAUUCUUCCUGCGGUUACAGAAGAUUCAGCAGAUUCUCCCAUUUAAGUGUAAAGAGAGGAUCUUUCUCUUUUGGGGAGCGAGGGUGGCGUAGUGGUGAGAGCACUCGCCUCCCACCGGUGUGGCCCGGGUUCAAAUCCCGGCGUCGAUGCCAUAUGUGGGUUGAGUUUGUUGUUGCUUCUCUCCUUUGCUCCAAGAGGUUUUUCUCUGGGUAUUCCGGUUUUCUUCUCUCCUCACAAACCAACAUGCCUCAAUUCGAAUUCGACCUGGAAUCGUGUAGACGAAGAAGCACUAUGUGGAUGUGCUACCUCCAAAUCGUUAUUUAUUAAUUUAAUCCGUGCAUACUCAAUCACAAUCCCUGCUAAUUAAGUGACGUUAAUGAAGAUAGUCUUCAGUUUAUUAUUACUGAAACAUUUCGUCAAUAAUUUUUUGUUUAGGAUUCCUCAAAGAAUGAUCAGGAAUUUUCAAAAUCUUUCCUAAGAGGAGCAUGGGAAGGCAUGUGGUGGGCAUUCAUUACCAUGACAACCGUUGGGUAAGUAAAGUACUCGCCUCUGAUCCACUGGCAAUGUAAUCUUGACCUCAGGCCAGUUCGCGCUAUCCGCGUAAACGAAGGAGGCUUGGAACUGAGCGCGAAUUCUCAUGACAACCUUGACAGGUGAUGUCUCGUCGCAAAUCGCCGAGGACGACUGGGAACGAGGCUCCUUCGGCAAUGAUCUCCGUUUUAGUCCCUACCGGUGACUUUUCAUCCAUAUACUUUAAGCUACUUUAAUGUCGCAUUCAAGCGCUAGCUGAACCAAUGACGUGUCGUUGGCGAACUUAAUAGUAUUCAAGAAAUGAAAUACAUGCAGUAUUUAUUAGCUAGUAUGCCUCGCCACCUAAAAUAUUUCAGCUGACUUCGAAAGUGGACUCUCCACACUUGUCAGCGGCACUUUCCGCUAGUCAAGUCAUUGGCGAACGUUGUCAUUUGUCGAAAUAGUAGUGAGUUUACCCAACAGGGCGGAAGAGGAAAGAAGACGUUAAACCUUGUGUGACGAGCAUGACAAUAAUUUUGUUUCAAAAAACUUUUCGCCAAACUUCACAUUCCUUUUAUUACAUCUCUAUGUAACAAAAACGGAAACAAUAAUGUUAAAUGAAGAUCACGAUAAAACACGCAAGUAACAGUCCUGUCACGUUUGUCACACACAAGCGUUUUGCCGUCUUCUUCUUUCUGCAGUCCUGUGGCGUAACCUCACUCAUUCCCAACCCGCAGUGUAGUUGCUAUUUCGCAGGUUGGUCAGCGGCAUAAUAUUAGCAAAUGGAAACCGUUAAUUAAUUGCUUAGCGCAGUUCUCAUCUAGGUUGUGUUUCACCUUUUACAGGUACGGAGAUAAGGCGCCUAAGUCAAAAAUGGGACGAAUUUUCUCUGUGAUGGCCACGCUAGUUGGCCUAGUUUCUAUUGCCGUGUUGCUAGGCAACCUAACAACAUCCUUGACAACAGAUAUUGUUUUCAGUGACAUCAAGCUCUAUGGAUCCAAGGUGAUAACAAUAAAUCUCGUUUUUUUUUUCCGAAAUUGGAAAAAACGAUAUAUUGCCAAGUGUGGAACUUUUGUGUGGAACCUUUUUGUAAAAUAUAGCAGUGGAGUAAAUAGAUCAAUUUAGGUUUCUAGGAAACUGCUCACCUACCCCUCCCCUAAGUCAACAUUAACACUUACUUCUCACUUAGGGCAAAAUGUUAGGUUAAGGAAGGGGUAGGUGGGCAGUUUCCCAGAACCCUAAAUUGACCCAAGUAAAUCUAUCUGCAACAUACCGCGGCGGGACUAGCUCAGUCCGUAGAGCGCUUGACUGCAGAGCAGAAUGUUGCGAGUUCGACUCCCGGGACGGGAUCAAUACUCAGGGGCCCGUUUCUCCAAAGUCCCGAUAACUUUUCGGGCCCAAAAAGCUGUUUAUGUUUGCUGUGUUUGCAUUCAAAAUCAAAGUUUCAAUGAUUUUGAAAACGAUACAAUGAAACUAUCAGUUAGAGAACAAAAUUGACCAGUUUGUGAGCUUGGAACUGUGCUAAUAUUCAACAGGUUUUGAUUUCAAAAUUUGCCUUCGGACCCGAAAAGUUACCGGGCCUUUCAAGAAAAGGGUCCCAGGCUCUUAAAAUAACGGGUGAGAAGAGAAAGCGAGGGUCCAGCCGUUUGCUGGACCCUCGCGUGGCUCGGAUUAACACGUAUAAUGGCGGUUCUCAAUUAGUACUUCCGUACUAAAUACAUUGACACUCAAAUUAAGUGCUUUUUUCGGUGAAUUUAAUAAGUUAUAUAUUAACUUCUUAUCACAGGUUGCGGCUAUUCACAAUUCCUCCGAGUUUCGUCUUGGAUUGCGCAAAAACGCAAAAAUGAAUCCAGGUAAUAAUUGAAAUAAGUCAUUUAAAUGUGGAAAGUCGAAGAAGUGUUGUGGUUUUUUUUGCUUAUUUAUAAUUUCUAAUCAGCAACUAUAGGUAUGUUUUAAAAAUAGGGGGUUGGACCUCCAUAAAGAGGGGGGGUCGAGCACAAACUUCAUGAACUUGUAUUGAUGGAUUCUGGGGCACGAAAAACGUCAUCCAUUCUUUCCAACAGGGUGGGAAGUUAGUCCCUACCAGGUGAGAGCACUGGUCUCCCAACAUCGUCACCAAGGGUGGUACGGCUCAGAGGCGACUAUGGUUAAUUUCGGAAGCUUAUCAAAAGUAUAAAGUUUCUACAAGUUCAUUUUAUCGGAAGUCGAAGAUGAUCGACGAUUUUUGACUGUAUUAUUCUUGCAAUGUUUUUGUGUGUGUGUGUGUGUGUGAUUUUUUUUUACAUAGUUGCACUUCUCCAACAGGCAGAGAAUACAGAAAUCUGGAUGAAGUUUACGAAGCUUUUCUAUCGCGUGAGGUUGACGGGGCGCUUAUAGAUGCUUUGAUUGCGGGCAGUCGAGAAGACUUGUUCAACUCCAGUGGACUGAGAAUUUACCAGACUUUCCAACAUUCUUCAGUAUAUGGAAUGGUGUUGGCUGGUGAAACCAAGAAAUUGCAACAGUGCUUUGAGAAAUUCAUGAAAGAGAAUUCCGCCAUGAUAUCUGCACAUGUGGCAUCAAAGACUUCAGUUAUUAAGGUAGAAGGGCUGCUUCCACUCACUUAG